AUGAAUGAGACCAGGUCCUCCAUUCGAAACCUUGAGACACAAGUGGGUCAGUUGGCUAGCAUGUUGAAUAAUAGAUUACAGGGGAAUUUUCCUAGCAAUACAGUGGUGAAUCCCAAGGAGCAAUGUCAGUCAUCUGUAGAUAAGAAUGAAGAGCUUGGUGAGACAUUUGGUUUCGAGACUAAGAAGGUUGCUGAAGACCAUUGUACUACAGAGAAAGCAAAACCAGUAAUUAUUGUUGACCCCCCAGUUAAGAUCCCAUACCCUCAACGGUUUAGGAAAACUUCUCUUGAUAAACAGUUUUCCAAAUUCUUAGAGGUGUUCAAGAAGUUACACAUCAACAUUACCUUUGCUGACGCCUUAGAGAAAAUGCCCAGUUAUGUAAAGUUCAUGAAAGAAAUUCUAUCUAAGAAGAGGAAGAUGGAAGACUAUGAAACUGUGGCAUUGACUGAAGAAUGUAGUGCUAUUCUACAAAGGAAGCUUCCCCAGAAGUUGAGGGACCCUAGAAGUUUCACAAUCCCAUGUACAAUUGGUAACUUUGAGUGUAAACAUGCACUAUGUGAUGUGGGAGCCAACAUCAAUCACAUGCCUCUAUCAGUAUUCAAAAGACUUUGUUUGGGUGAGGCAAAGCCUACCACUGUUACACUACAGUUGGCAAAUCAAUCAGUGGCCUAUCCGAGGGGGAUAAUUGAAGAUGUCCUUGUGAAGGUCGAUAAAUUCAUUUUUCCAGUAGACUUUAUUGUGUUGGACAUGGAGGAAGAUGCAAAUGUCCCAAUUAUUCUUGGGCGACCUUUUCUAGAAAUAGGACAAGCUCUCAUUGAUGUGCAAAAGGGAGAGCUGAAACUCAGAGUUCAGGGGGAUGAGGUGGUAUUCAAUGUCUUCAAGGCAAUGACAUAUCUGAUGGCUAGUGAUAGUUGCUGCCGUGUGGAUGGGAUAGAUAAAGUAGUCUCAAGAAGAAGGGUGAGUAGUGAUGCCUUAGAGGCGGUGUUGACUGGUGGUGAGGAAGAUGAUGAUGAUGUUGAGAUGAGAGAAUAUGUAAAGUGGAUUAAAUUUUACCAAUCGUACAAGAAGAAAUUUGAAGAGUUAGCAGACGGACUCGAAUGA